AUGCGCAGUAUUAUCUUGGUCCAUGGCAUGGGCGGCCAUCCUGUCAGGUCAUGGAAGUGCUUUGACGAAGGGCAAACGCCAACACCCAUCACGCCAACACAUCCCUCAUCAACACGAGGGAAGAGACUGAGAAAGCCGCCUCCUACAGCGCAACUCAGGCGAACGAACUCGGAGCCGUUACUUGCCAAAGAGGAAGGCUUUGUUAGCAGAUCGCGAACUUUGCUGAGAAAAGCCUCGUUCAAGUCAUCUUCCCGAUUACGUCUUGCCGACUUUGCGGAUCAGCUUAACGAGGCCCCAAGGAACGACGUGUUCUGGCCGUUGGACUUUUUACCGCAAUCCUGCCCAAACGCCAGGAUAUUUACGUGGGGCUACCACACCCUGGUUGUGGACAAGAAGCCCCUCCGGCUACAAGGCGACAUAUUUGCGCAUGCCAGCGAGUUUUUGUUUGAACUGGCUACUGCGCGGGCAGCGUUUGGGGCGCAAGCGCGUCCUCUUGUCUUCGUUGCUCAUUCCACUGGCGGUAUCAUCCUAAAAGAAAUCCUUCGCCUUGCCGACAUCGAACGCGACGGACCUCUGAAAGAUGUCCUUUUCUCGACAUCCGCCGUGGUUUUCCUCGCUAGCCCUCACCGCGCCACGGAACAUGCAUCACUUGGAGACGCUGUGACAAGUAUGGGCAGUGUGACCCUCUCUGUUGACCCGGACGAUCUUGUUUUGCCACAGCUUUGUGGUGGCAGCAGCGCUGAGAUUGAGCUUGGACGACAAUCGUUUAUCAGGCAAUGGAACGAGUUCAACUUCAGGGUCAAGACAUUCCAGGAGUCUGUUAUUCCAAGCUUUGCAGAUGCUGAUGAGCGGGCUGCCGCAACCGUACAUCGACUUGCAAGCUUCAUCGGAGACCCUCGAGAAAAGGCAACAACGAUCGGGGCUUUGCAUAACGACGUUGCUAAGUUUUGGUCGAUGGAAGAUGUGGGAUACCAAGCUUUGAUAACUUGCUUGGCUGAGUUUGUUCGGGACGAAGAGGAAAGAGUAAGUCACCUCCAGAUUGAUGUCAAGUUAUUGCCAGCUAACCUGAAGGAGCGUCAUGUCCUAAAUAGCGAAGAAACCGACUGCCUGGCGGCACUCGUUCCACCCCCAAUUUUUCACGCCGAGACCCUCCCGGCCGCAUCCUAUCCUGGAACCUGCCUUUGGCUAUACGAUCUGUACGACUUUCAGACAUGGCACAACCGAAGUGGCCCAAACAAGAACAAGGUCUUCUGGAUACGAGGCGAAUCUGGGUGUGGCAAGAACAUCCUUCUCACGUCUCUACGCAGGAGGCUUGGACGACAGUGGGGCCCUGCUGGAGCAUCCAUUAUCGGCAUUACAGCACACCAUACAAGCAUCCCAGCGAGUGUCUGUCGUAGUCUUUUGGGACAGCUAUUUCUGCAGGACCCGCGUCUUCGGACGGCAUUACUCGAACUCUACAGGCAACCUCGAGCUGACCCGGAGGCCUUCGACGACGCCCAAGUUCUGUCAUUCUUUUCCGAUUUUUACAUCGACCAACCAAUCAAGACCCCCACAAGACGAACCUUCAUCCUCGUCGAGAUACCGGAUGAGGCUGGGUCGAUGUAUGUCGGAGAGGUGAUCAGUCGUCUGUCCCGUCUCGCACAUAACUCCAACUUCAGCAUAUGCGUCACCAGUGCUUACCACCCCGAAACCGAGCUUUAUAAUACCAUCGGCAUCCCAAUGCACAUCCGAAACACCGACGAUAUCCUUCGUUUUGUCAGUCUCAACUUGAUGGCAGAAUGGGAGGAACGCAACCGUACAGUCAUGAUGAUUGGUCGAAAAGCAGGAGGCGUCUUUUUAUGGGCUGAGAUUGUGGUUAAUAUCGUCAAUGCGGCUAUUCUAGAAGGCGCUACUCAGGAGCUCAUCGAGUGCACCCUGCAAGAGGUUCCUGGUGAUUUGCACGGGCUGUAUGAGUGGAUGUUAAGCACCCUGAACGAGAAAGAAAGGGCUGAGGCAUUGAUCCUCUUUCAGUGGGUAAUACUUGCCUCCGAGCCGAUGCGUCUGAAUGAUCUCUUCAUUGCAAUCAGACUCACCGACCCAAACCAGUUCGAGCACUAUAAGCGUCUCGGGCCGUUGAUGGCUCUCGAUGUCGGGGCCCCAUUUUCGACGCGGGACCUCCGGCAACUUCGGAAUUCUCUGAUAACAUCCGACACACCCUGUCAAUUCCACAGAUGGGUACGAACCCGCUCCAUUGGUCUCCUUGAAGUCAAGUCGGAUGGAAACGACUCUCUUGGCCUUCAACGAGUACAGGCACGGCACUGCUCCGUCCGCUCUUUCUUCCUCUCGGGCCGAGGCUUGACUUGCCUCACGUCUGGCAACAGUACCAUCCCGGCCAACCUAACCACGACCGACUUCCUCAAUAUCUCACAUUACUCCUUCCUCCGAGCUUGUCUGACCUACCUCAAUAUGCGUGACUUUGAGAGUCUAAGUCAAAAUCCCAAACCAAGCCCGAACGUCAAGUCAGCCCCUUUUCUCAGCCUCAACAUUCCGCUGCGGCCCCUCUCGACGACUGCCAACCAACGCCAGCUAAUCACGUCAUCCUACCCCUUCCUUCAAUACGCCGUCUCCAACCUUAUCUUCCAUCUGUUGUCACCACAACACUUCCGCUAUUUCCUACCUCAAAAUGAGCUCUUCCUUGCCCUCUCCGCGAAGAAGUUCCGCCUAUGGAAACGAUGGACUUCACUUCUCGGGACUCAUGAUGCAGAUGAGAUUAUCACUUUGCAUACAAAGGCAGGGACCAAGACAAAAGGAUUGAUGAGUCCUGUUUAUGGAGCUAGGUUUAGGCUUGAGAGGGUGUUGAGGAAGUUGGGGGGGUUGUCUGCUGCUGCUUUGAGGGUGAAGGAGGAGGAGCAGAGGUUGGGGAAAGGGAGGAAGGAAAGAAGGAGGAGUGGCUGGGUGGGAAAGGGGAUUAUGUCGCCCGUUACACCUAUUUUGCCGGCACCUGGCUUGGGAAGGGGGGUUGGGAGGAAGAAGGAGUGGAAGCCUGUGAAAGAACAGAGGUUCGAGUUGCCCGGGAAGUUGAUGCUGGAUUCGCCUGGGGUUGGGGAGGGAUUGGGUGGGGUGCCGGUUGGGUUGGCUGUAUGA